AUGAGUGAGCGGGGAGCUCGACGUGGUGCCGGUGCACCAUUUUACGCGCCACUGCGACGCAAGACUUCUGCUGAGAUCAUCAGCGAAGCGCGAGCUGCUAUAUACGGCGAGAUGAGUGGUAUGUCAAACGGCGAUGGCGGCGCGGCUGGAGCCCUGCGCCCGUUGCGCACACGGCGUCCGUACACGCCGCGUGAACCGCAGCGCACACUGUUCACAGACCGCACACGGAAGAAAGAUAACAGACCCCCCAGCUCAUAUGACCUCAAGUUUCUAAGUCUGUCGGAGAGUGGAGAAGAGACGCUGGAGGCGAUGGAUGCGCGUUUAGCCAACCUCGACGAAGAAUCGCUUAAUGAAAUGCUCAUGGAGACCCUCUAUACCAAAAAGAAGCCACAGGGCCGCGCUAGUCAACGCCUGCAAGUUCCAGAGCGAUCAAGUGAAGGCUGGAGUGGGUUCACCAAGCUGCCACACCUCAGCGGUCGCAGCAAACCGUUACAUCGGCGGCAUACCACUGGCCAAGCACAUGGGGACAAUCUGAAACCAGAAGUUGGUCUUGCACAAGCGAUAUGCGUAAUUCGUCCACUAGGUGACUAUGAUGUUGACGAUGGAAAUGUUAAUACUGUGUCUCCUAGUCCAGAGCACGGCAACAGCCGUUCGCAAUACACUGUAUCCAAGUCGAUGUCUUGCGAUUCUGCCAGCGGUGGAACAUGCAACGAUAUUUCCGUCAAACAACUCGCCGUGCAACUGCCAAACACAACUAUCUCUAAUGAUCACAUUGAUAAUUUGAGCAUAUUAGAGCUGUCAGAGGCCCUGUCGCAGCGAUGUCGCGACACUGCCCGCACGCUCCAGCUGCUGGAGGCUCUGACUCGCGCGGUGGGGGUGAGCGCGCCCUCGGGCAGCUUGCGCGAGCUCGUGCUGCGAGCGCUGUUCGUGCACGCCGACCACCACGACGAUGCCGUGCUUGUAGCUGUCGCUAGAGCGCUUCUCACGAUGCGUGUAACUGGACCAAACUUGGCAGCUGCCUGCAAAAUAGUGUUUAAAAUAGCUAAAGACGAUAAGAAUGACCAUUUCUUUAGGAACACUAAUUUACUUGAGCUGGUGGUGGAGGGGUGCGGGCGCGCGGAGCCGGUGUCGGAGAGCGCGUGCUGCGUGUACGGCUGCGCGGCGCUGCGCGUGCUGGCGCUGGAGCCGCGCCUGGCCGCGCGCGCCACGUGCGCCGGCGCCGUGCACCUCGCCGCGCUGCACCUCAAGAUACUCAACACCGCGAAAGCAGAAAAUCCGCGUACAUUGAACGAGCAAUGCACUCACGCACUGUUCCAAGUGACGGGUGCACUGCGCAGCCUCGCGACCGUAGUGGACACUCACGCGCAGGAGUUCAUAGCCAGCGGGGCAUUGCCUGAACUUGUCGCAGCCCUCGGUCUACACACCGAUAGAGACGUUCUCACCAACGUCGCUCGCUGUCUUAGCGUGGUGUCGGGCUCGGCGGCGUGCUGCGCGUCGCUGUGCGCGUGCGCAGGCGCGGCGCGUGCGCUGGUGCGCGCGCUGGCCGCGUGCGCCUCGCGCGCGCCCCUCGCCGUGCGCCUCGCCUACACGCUCGGGAACAUGGCCGCCGACCACGACCAAGCCAGAGAUGACAUUUACAACGAGGAGGGUUCCAUAGACGUGCUCCUAACGAUACUGGAGUCAUACACGAAGCGAAGCCCUCAAGGAUCUCGGGAUCUCGACAGCGAUCCUGACUUGCAUGUUAUUGGUACUGAUUUAGGGGGGUCCGACGGUUCCGAUGAAGACGUACUUAUUAAAACUGUGCGGGUAGUCGCAAAUCUAUGUUUGUCAGAGCGUGCAGGGCGGGGUUUAGCCGCAGGACACGCCGAGAGGAUGGUCAAGGCUUUACUGGCGUGCCUUAAACAUGCCGAGAAGAUAGACCAAGAGAAAAUGUCACCUGUGGAGUCUGCGAACAGCAUUGAGCACCAUGAAGAGUUGGCGACAGCGGCUCUCGCCACGCUUAACAAUCUGACGUUCUACCGCGAGCCGCCAGACCCGCCAGAUCCCCUCCAUGUCUACUUUGAUGACAUCUGUAAAGUGACGUGUCGCUGGGUGCGGCUGCGCGGCGUGUCGAGCGCGGCGUCGUGCGAGGCGGUGCGCGCGCUCGGCAACAUGUCGCGCGCCGCGCGCACCGCGCAGCUCAUCGUGCUGCACGGCGCGCUCGACACGCUCGACCCCUUCCUGCACCACGAGUCGGACACGGUGCGGUGUGCGGCGGCGGGCGUGCUGGUGAACGUGUGCGGCGCGGGCGCGGCGUGCGGCGAGGCGGCGGCGCUGGCGGCGCGGGCGCUGUGCGCGUGCGCCGCGCGAGCCGACGCGCCCCCCGCGCCGCUACUGGCGCGCGCGCUGUGGAACGCGCACGCGCACUCGCCGCACCCGCUCGACGCCGCGCGCGCGCACGACGUCGCUAACGCACUCGCCAGGUUCAUAGAUGAUGAGUCGGUAUUUGUAGCUUGCGAAGUUUCCAAAACGGGGGAGCGACGAGAUAGUAUGUCAAGACUGGCUAAGCUCCAUGUAACGUUCGAAGAGGACAGCGAUAAGUCGUCGGGAGAGAGCGAACCGGGCUACGACAAAGACAAGUGGGAGACGGACGGCGGGGGCUCGGAUCUGGGCUUCGAGGAGGGCUCGGACGCGCCGGACGAGGCUGCGGAGUGCUGCUGCCGCGCGUGCCGCCGCCUGGCGCAGUGGGACGAGCUCGUGGCCGUGGCGCUCCCGCUCAUGGAGCGCAUGCGCCCGCCCCGACACGACGCCGCCGUCGGCACUGACUGA